AGUUAGUAAUAAUAUUAACAUUGAUUGGCUAUGAAGUUUAAUGCUGUACUGAGGUAAUUUCCGAGAUAUGAUUGGAUAACUUUCCUUAUGUCGUAAUAUAAUCUCCAAUCAGCUGAUUUACAAUUUUAUUCUAAAUCCUGGUGAAUGGAUCCUAAUGAGAACUUAACAUCCAUUGUACAUUUUACAUUUUGACAACAUCUCAGUAGCAGAAGUAAGUGGUUAAAUGAUCUGUUUAAUAGUGAAGUAGGAAUUCAAAAUCGCUUUUCAAAAAUAUUCUCUUAACAAAUUGAAGAUCACGGAAGCUUUGCACUAAACGUAUUGAAAUAUAGAUUCAGUAUAGUUCAAUUUCUACAUAAUAUAUUCAGUUUGGUUUUUUCAUAUAAAAUUUUUUGUGAUAUCCAUACAGUUAAAAAACGAAAAACACCUACAUGAGAUCUAACCUUGUCCUUGUCAAUCGGGAUAAAAAGAACUAAUGUGGUCAUGGACGAGGCUGCGGAUAUAGUCAUGUCUACCGACAAUGUUUCCUUUGAAAGUGUUCCAGUGGAAAAUUCGGCCCGUAUUAAAGAAUUGGUAACAGAUAUUGUUCAAAAUUGGCGUGAAAAACAUAACGAUGGUUUACUUGGACCGGUCCAUUUUGAAGAACUCUGGAGGCUAUGGGUACCAAGGAUUUACAGUCCAUCCUUGAAUGAAAGUUGUUUGAACUGGAAUUUCAAUGAAGAAUUAAGUCAGGAAAUAUUAUUUAAUACUUUGGACAAAUUCAUAUGUAAUGGUGAUCCCAAUACUGUGUUUGCACAUAUGGAUUCAUUUGGGACAAGGCCUUCUGUUUGCGGUCGAGUUUUCAAAUUAGGUGAACCCACAUAUUCCUGUCGAGAAUGCGGUAUGGAUUCAACCUGCGUACUAUGUGUCGAAUGUUUCAAAAAUUCCGAACAUCGACAUCACAAAUACAAAAUGGGUACAUCGCGUGGAGGAGGAUGUUGCGAUUGUGGUGAUCGGGAAGCUUGGAAAAAAGAUCCGUUUUGUACGAUUCACAUGGCUGGUUUAACAACGGAAGAACAAAACAAAAGUUUACCGGAAGACUUGAAGGAACGUACUAGAUUAGUUUUUGAAACGGUGCUUUGGUAUGCUUAUCGUCUAUUGAGUACUGAACAAGUGUCUGACAUAAGAUUGGGCGCCGGUUCAUCUGAAAACUUUUUUGACAUAGAUACAUACUGUACUAUACUGUAUAACGACGAAAUACACACUUUUGAACAUGUAAUCAAUACGUUGACUAAAGUGUUGAAGUGUAAUCAAAGGAGCUCUACAGAAUUCGUUACCAAUAUAGAUCGCGAAGGAAGAGCUAUUGUUAAAUGUUCUAGUUUCCAACAUUGUUCUGAUUUAAAACAAGAUAUUGAAAAAUAUACAUCAAGACAUGGUAAUAAACCAUUGAAAGUCCUCGUUAAUCAUUCACACAUCAUAGCACAUCAAAUAUUUGCUGGAAAACUUUUAUCGUGGUUAGAAAGAUUUUUAGGACAAGGUGAAGCUUUUCGUGCUAUUUUCGCUGAAGUUGUUCUUAAACCGAAAUCAAUGGAACCUUGUAUAGUCAAAGGUAUAUUACAGAAAGAUCUUAGUUUGUGGAAAAGCGCUAGAACACAAUGGCAUCGAUUAUUGAUAUCAGGAAUGCUCCUUGAAUACGAAAACAAAAAAGCUUUAGCGAAAAUAUUUACUAAAAAUUACGGACAAGUUAUGAAGGAUUUUAUAAAGGACGAUCACGAUCAUACAUAUUCUAUAUCAUCGUUAUCUGUACAGUUGUUUACUGUACCAACUUUGGCUCAUCAUCUAAUAGCCCACGACGACGUGUUGUAUAUAUUAUUGAACACUCUAAUUUCAGAGUGCAAUAGGAAAUGUAAUAAAGCGGGAAAGCUCGAAUUUGAAAGGAAUCCUACUUGUCAAACGUUCAAAAGGGCGCUGUAUAUGUUGUAUGAUCUGAGGUAUUUACUCGGCUCCAUUCCAGAGACAUGGACAGAUGAUUUGAGGAGGAGUUUCUUGCACGGAUUAUCUAUGAUGCUUUCACUUUUAACUAUGAUGCAAGGAAUGGACGCGGUGACCCGUCAAGUUGGUCAGCAUAUGGAAUACGAACCCGAAUGGGAAUCUGGCUUUAAUUUACAUAUAAAAUUAGCUUAUUGUAUUUCAUUAGCAGUAGAAUGGUGUGGUACUGAUAAAAUAGUUCUCGUAAAGGCUUAUAGAUCAGUAUUGAAGAAAUUAGAAGAGAACCCUUGUUAUGAACCUAGCGAAGCUGGUAAAACUAGAGAAUUAGCAGAUCACAGCACUGCAUGUCUGCAUUAUGACGUUUCAACCAAACCAGUUUCUAUCCAUCUACCUUUAACCAGGUUUUUGGCUGCACUACACCUACAUUUGGAAAAAUUUAAUCUGCAUUUCGAUGGGCCCGAAUUCCAAGUUCCCAAACCAACACCAAUUCAAAUAAUAGAACCGGUGUUAAGGGCUCAGGUUAUGAUAGCCCAAGUGCAUUCUGGUAUGUGGAGAAGAAACGGUUAUGCUCUAUUGAAUACACUCUUUUUCUAUCACAACGUCAAAUGUAGAACGGAAAUGUUGGACAGAGAUAUAACCUUAUUACAAAUCGGUGCUUCAUUGAUAGAAAGCAACGAGUUUUUGAUCCAUGUUUUAAAUAAAUUCAAUUUGAUCGGUUGGGCUAUGUCCGAUUAUGAAAUAAAUAGUUUAAAAUCCCCAGAAGAAGAUAGCGUAAGACAAACUAUCAAUCUGGUAGAGGAAAUGUUACACUUGUUAAUAUUUCUUAUUGGAGAACGGUAUAUGCCAGGAGUUAGUAACGUUACGGUAGAAGAUAGAAUACGUAAAGAAAUUAUCCAGUAUCUCUGCAUCAAACCUUUACCACAUUCAGAAUUAGUGAAAACAAUACCUGACGAUUUGACAUAUAGAGAAGUUGCUGUCGACGAAGUUAUACAAGAACUGGCUAAUUUCAAAAAACCUGUGCAUGGAUCUGGAAAAGGCGUUUAUGAAUUAAAAGAAGAAUACUACGACGAUUUUAACGUUUUCUUCUACCAUUACACACGAGAAGAAUUAUCCAAAUCCGAGGAAGCUCAAAGGAAAAGACGAAAGGCUAAAGGAGACCUGGAAUGUUGUCCACCGCCAAAGUUACCAAAACUUAACGAAUCUUUCAGUCUUCUAGUUAAUCUUUUACAGUGCGACGUCAUGUUGCAUAUUAUGUCACUUGUUUUAGAAAGAUGUAUUAACUUGAGGGCAAGAAGUUUCUCAGAACAACAACUUCACAAAACGCUACAUCUUAUAGGUUACGCUCUAUUGGAAGAAGAGUCCAAAGCAUAUCCCUUUUUCAAAUUCAUCGAAAAUUCUCAUAAAUUUAGAAUUUUCCCACUUAUGGAGGAAUUGUUGAAUAGCCCUAGAGUCGAUUCACACAAGGGGUUAUUGCAGUGGACUUUGAAUAAAUUCAAACAACUUUCAGAUAAAAAGGAAGUUAAUCCAGAAAUCAAUGCAGAAGCAUCUACAUCAGAAAAGGUCGACAAUGAGAAAGAGAGAAGAGCUAAUUUGGCAGCAGAAAGAAGAGCGAAAUUGAUGGCUCAGAUGCAAACAAUGCAAAAAAAUUUCAUUAAGAACAAUGCCAGUUUGUUUGAAGAAACUAGCACAGAUGUUAGAAAACCAAGGACAUCUAGUCAAAUCGAAGUAAUGGAUAUUACCGAACCAACUGAAGAACAACCAAUCGCUCUCGGACCGAAACAAUCGUUGAGAUUUUCCGAAGAGAAAACAUAUACUUGUAUAUUAUGUCAAGAAGAAGAAAAAAUUACAGCAACAGGUAGAACAAUGGUCCUAGCCGCAUUUGUUCAACAAGCUACAGUAUUAUGUCAACAAAAAAACAAUGAACUUCUCAUGGAUAUAAGUAAACAUGAUCCGUUGUACCUUCAUGCUAAUUUAGGACCAGCACCCCACACAAGUACCUGUGGACAUGUUAUGCAUAGUGAUUGUUGGAGGAAAUACUUUGACAUUAUUAUGGUCAGGGAGCACAGAAGACCUUAUCGUUUACGUCAUCCAGCGAGUUUCGACGUUGACAAACAAGAAUUUCUUUGUCCACUAUGCGAAUGUCUUAGCAACACUGUGUUACCUUUGAUACCACCAUUGAGUAUCUUACAACCGACUCAACCGGUAAACUACAUAUCUUUUGACAACUGGCUUCUCGGUAUUUCACAUGUACUAAAUAACAAACAGAAAACUUGUCAUGGAAUCUUCAAAUGCGAUGCUUCAGAUGAAUGUAAAAAUAAACAUUGCAGUGCUUGUAUCUAUGCCACCAACGGUACCAACAUAGAACAGCACGAUAAUGCAGAAUGUGAAGUUAAUUGUACUCUACAACCCCAUCAAGUAUUUUGCUCAUAUGAAUUUACUCCAGAUGUACCGGAUGAAUUCAAACAACUAUUUCCAAUACAGUAUCCGGAAUUGGAAACCAAUCACAAGGAGAUGAUACAGGUUUUCGCGCAAGUAGCAUAUACUAGAGGCUUAAAUGUAAAUCCACAUCCCAUGGAUAAACGUUUGGUACCAAUGUGCUGGAAAACUCUUGGUUAUACGAUUCAUUCGAUAGAAGUAAUGUUGAGGGAUGCACAGAAACCACUUUUGGGUCAUUUAUCUAGCAGACAAAGAGACUGCAUUGAAAGUUUAGUCCGUAUCGUAGGAGUUUUGGGUUGUACGUGGCAACGUAGCGUAUUCAUAAAUAUUCACGCGGUCAAUCUUCUCACAAUAUUUUUUGAAAACGGCAACGACGUUUCUUCCUUACUACAAUGGGAUUCUUUAGGAUUUUUAAUUAGUUUAACGUUCUCUUUACCUAGUCUUUCUUGUAAAAAUAAUUCGACACCUGUACCGACCGGCGGUACAUUGGAUUGGUACAUUUUAAGAAUAAUAUUCAUAUCUCACAUAGUUAAAAUAUUAAUUUUGAUGAAAGACGAUGAUCUCGAUACUUCGAUGGACACAGAUACGAAUGAGGACGCAACAAUUGAGGAACUUUUACGAAUAAUUGGGAAAAAAACGGAAGGAGUAAGUACUAACGAAGUUUGGAAGCAUGUACAAUACGCUUGUUUACCUUUUUUGAGAUGUUGCGUGCUUUUCUAUCAUUAUUUAACCGACGUUAAAGCACCUGUUAAUCUCACUGAACAGGAUGGUGAUACAUUCAGCAACAUGUGCGAAUACUUAGAUUUACCGCAAACCCCUAAAGAAUUGUUUAAUUCAACAAACGUAAUGGAUUUAGUUAAGCGAUGGUGUAGUCACGAAGAAGUAGUUUCUUGUUUAGCACAAACGCCUUUACAAGUUAUACGCGAACCUUUGCAGGUGCCGCGUUUAAUUAACCUCCCUAACGAUUAUAGCGAAUUGAUUAACACGGUGUCGAUGUUCACCUGCCCAAAUAUGGACGAAGAUUCGAAAAAUCCAUGUAUGUGUUUGGUGUGCGGGGAAAUAUUGUGUUCUCAGAGUUAUUGUUGUCAAACGGAGUUGAAUAAAACACCAGUAGGUGCUUGUAACUACCACGCGAAUAAAUGCGGCGCAGGUAUCGGUAUAUUUUUAAGAGUACGCGAAUGUGAAAUUUUGUUUUUGGCAGCUCCCCAUCGAGGUUGUUUAGUAUCACCGCCGUAUUUGGAUGAUUACGGCGAAACGGAUCAAGGACUUCGUAGAGGAAAUCCGUUAAGAUUGUGUCGAGAGAGAUAUAAAAAGUUACAAACGUCUUGGCUUGGUCACAGUAUUCAUGAAGAAAUAGCCAGAUCUAUAGAAACUAGCAAUCACAUUAUAUCUAUUCAAUGGAAUCUUCUGUAGGUGACUUUUUUGCAAAAAAAAUGUGAUUUAAUAAUUUAUACAUUUAUGCACAUACUACAAUGUGUAUUUUUUUGAACGCGCUCUAUGACAAAGUCGUUCUUUAUUAAAGAAGCGAUUGGAACUUUACAAUUUUAGUGUUUUGUUUGUAUUUAGAUCGUGUAGGUACUUAUCAGAGAUUUUUUCCUAUUUACCACAAAAAAAAUACUCUCUUUCUCCCGCCCGAAGAAAGAUUUUUAUUUAUUCAAAAUUGAUUGAAAAGUACUGUUGUAUUAUAUAAUAAUAUAAAUAAAAUGUUUAUAAAUCU